GACAAAGAUGAGCAGCAGUUGGAGUUCAUCAAGAACAUUAUCAAUUUCAAUGUGAUUGGGAAGUACGACCCAAAGAUUAAGCAGAUUUUGCUCCAGACCUAUCAGUCAAUUUGGUACAAAUUCAACGAAACGAAAGCCGAGUGGGAGCAGCUUGAGUAUGCCGGUCCGCUUGCUCUUUAUCUCCGCAAUUACGAGUGGGAGUACUUCAACGAUCCUUCUAGAAUCGCACAAAGACGUGGGUUGGACGAAGAGACAAUAGCACGGGAGUUGAAGCUUCGAGACUGUUACGUGUACGGCUUGAUGGUGUUGAACCGGUCCAGUCCCAAAAACCUUUCGCUCGGACUUAUUCCACACACCAUCACAGACGCUUAUCCGGCAUUUUACUCUGGUGGAUACGAGUUUGAACGGAAGGACGAGCUUCUCAUCAUCAAGAACUGGCUCGACGAGAUUUACGGCGUGUGGAUCCAUCAUCCGCAGGAUCGAGAACGCUUUGGCAAGUUGAUCGAAUACUGUUUGAGCAACCCCCCA